AGAUGAGGUAUACACUUCAUAAUCUUGUAUAAAUUAAAAAUGGUUGUAGAAAGAACCCCUAAGGGGAAGAAAGUGAGAGCUAUUAUUCCUACUGGCUCUGACUCUGAAGAUGAUUUUGCAUCCUCUGAUGAUGAAAGUCAAAAUGUUAUAGCGUCUAAAAUCAGUAGACCAGUACAUCGAGAUGAAGAAGAAUCUGAAGAAGAAGAAGAAGAAGAAGAAGACGAAGAAGACGAAGAGAAGGAAGGAGAUGACGUAGAGGAUGACAGAUUUGCUAUAUUUAAGGGUAUCACUCCAGGAAAGAAGUCUGACGAAGAAGAUGAAGACGAUGUGCUUCAAGACGAUGAAGAUAAUGAACACAUAGUAGAUGAUGAAACCAUCACAGUAACUGAAUCGAUGGGGAAGUCCAAAACCAAAUUAGGAAAACUCAAGAAGUUAACUCCUGAACAACUUGCACAAGAACAGAAAAAAAUUAAGCGGACAGGAGUGUGUUACCUUUCAAGAAUUCCACCUUAUAUGAAGCCUGCUAAAUUAAGAUCGAUUCUCUCAAGAUUUGGGGAAAUAGACCGUCUCUUUUUGAAGCCAGAAGACACUGCCAUCUACCAAAGAAGAGUAAAGUAUGGGGGUAAUAAGAAGAAAAACUUCACUGAAGGUUGGGUGGAAUACGUCAAUAAGAAAGAUGCUAAGUUAUGUGAAGCUAGCAUGAACGGUAACAUCAUUGGUGGUAAGAAGUCGUCAUACUACUACGACGAUGUCAUGAACAUCAAAUAUUUAUCCGGGUUCAAAUGGUUUGAUUUGACGCAACAAAUUGCUAAAGAAAAUGAGAUCAGACAAGCCAAGUUGUCCAUGGAACUGUCUCAACAACAGAAACUCAACAAGAGUUUCAUUUCAAAUGUGGAAAAGUCGAAGAUGGUUAAAAAUAUUCAACAAAAACGUAAAGCUAGGGACGAGAGUCAAGGCGUGGAUACUGAAUCUAAGGAUAUUGAGAUGAGAAGACAGUUUAAGCAACGUAAGACUGCCAGUACUCGUGCUGACGCUGACGAUAAGCUUAAGGAACGGGCUAAACCAAAUACGAAAUUGAACGACGUCCUCUCCAAGGUGUUUUAACGAAGGUCUAACGGGAGAAUAGCAUAGGUAUAUAAAAGCAAUUAAAUGAUAAUAUAAUACAUUUUAUCUAUACAUGUACAUCUAAUAUUACAAGACCAAGACUAA